UGCAGAGGCUGCUCCCGGCAACAGCGUAAAAGAGGAGUUUUGGAAGGACGGCUGUGUUGUAAAUUGAACUGUACACUACCCGAGGGGCUUUCUUCGAUGUCAAGACAGCUGCGUACUACACAAACAAAGCCUGGAGGUGCUCUCUGAAUAUAUGCGGUUACUUCUGUUGCUCGGGGUUGUCUCCCUCUAGGUGCAUUAGCAGCGCGUGGCUACUGGAACUUCACCUGUGAACACCCGGUCCCACCCCACGGGCUCCUGGCAGGGUGUGGAGAGAACGCGUUCUCAUUACAGUUACAUGCCUUCAGCUGGGACAAGCGCUCCAGUGUUUAGUGAGCCGAGUAGCCGGCUACCGGGAGCAGCGUCUGUGCAGUGAGAGGGGAUUGAAGAAGGGAGCCUUCUGCGGAGGAUUUACUGAACUUACUGAGACAGAGCGCAGUAUCUUGAUGACAGAUUCGUGCUUUAUUUUGUGAUCAACUUCCUUGAAGAAUGUGACUCAUACCAAAACAAACACGAGAAGAUAUUGGUUGUCAAAUAUAUUGAACUGAGCUGCUGGUUUGAUGUCCUUUUAAACUCAGUCUGAACGGGAAACCCAACUGUGCUGAAAACGACUGGAAUAAAGAAUUUUUUUCUAAAAGCUGAAAGAAAAUGGAUAUUUCACACAUUGCGAUCCUUGCACUAAGUCUACAGUACCUUUUUUCUUCUGUGCUGACCUUACCCCCUGAGUGUACCAUCAUGCUGGAAAUUGAGAGGGAACGAGAGGACUGUGUGAGAAAGGUGGAAUCUGAAAACAUUUCCGCUGUUUACGGCUGCAGAGGAAUGUGGGAUAACAUUACCUGCUGGCCCUCAGCCCAGGUUGGGGAGAUGGUUCUGAGGCAAUGUCCAACAUACUUCAGCUUUUUCUCAGAUAUGCACGGUAACGUCACACGAAGCUGCACUAAGCAAGGCUGGGCUGGCAUGCAUCCUGUCUCCUAUGCUGUGGCUUGUGGCUACGAUGUCAACACGUCUGCUAUGGAAGAGACCCAGUUCUUUGGGACAGUGAAGAUUGGCUACACUGUUGGACACAGCUUGUCUCUAAUGUCCCUGACUGUAGCCAUGACCAUUCUAUGUGUAUUUAGGAAAUUGCACUGCACAAGAAACUACAUACAUAUGCAUCUGUUCAUGUCCUUCAUUCUGAGGGCUAUUGCUGUCUUUGUAAAGGAUGUGGUUCUUUUUGAAAGUGGAGAAUCUGAUCACUGCUUUGUUGGUUCAAUUGGCUGCAAAGCUGCCAUUGUCUUCUUCCAGUACUGUAUAAUGGCCAACUUCUUCUGGCUCCUGGUGGAAGGCCUAUACCUCCACACGUUACUGGUGGUCUCCUUCUUCUCUGAGAGGAAGUACUUUUGGUGGUACAUAAUGAUUGGCUGGGGAGGCCCAUCAGUAUUCAUUACAGCUUGGAGUAUCACUAGAGCUUAUUAUAAUGAUAUUGGUUGCUGGGACAUUAUUGAGGCUCCAUACUGGUGGAUCAUAAAAGCACCGAUUUUGGUUUCAAUAUUGGCUAAUUCUAUUCUCUUAAUCUGCAUUAUCCGCAUACUGGUUCAAAAGCUGCACUCUCCGGAUGUGGGGAGGAGCGAAUCCAACCAGUAUUUAAAACUGGCAAAAUCCACCUUGCUGCUGAUUCCUCUCUUCGGUGCUCAUUACAUCAUUUUUGCAUUUGUUCCUGACCACUUUAGAGUGGAUGUGAAGCUGAUCUUUGAGCUUGUUCUGGGUUCAUUUCAGGGCUUCGUGGUGGCUGUCCUGUAUUGUUUCCUUAAUGGAGAGGUUCAGGCAGAAAUAAAGAGGAAAUGGAGAAGGUGGCAUCUGGAGAGGUUGCUAGGGACAGACACAAAGUAUCACCAUCCUUCCAUGGGAAGCAACGGAACCAACUUUACCACCCAGAUCUCCAUGCUUACUAAAUGCAGCCCAAAGGCCAGAAGAGCAUCAAGCCUCCAAGACUCCUCACUGGUGUAACACCAGCCCAGUCUUGUUCUACACCUCACUUUGUUCUUCAGUAAACUGGUGGUGUAUUUCCUGGAUUUGAGUUUGUAUUACUGUGUAUAUGGAAAUUAUUUAUUGUACUAAAAUGUCAACAUAUUUAUUAAAGCAUGAAUCAAGAAGUGGGGAAAUGAAGUUUAACUGUAACAAAAUGCCACAUGUGUCAGUAUGUGCUUUGCAAUUCAGCAAAUUCUGAAGUUUUCAAACAUAAAUGCCCUUUGCUGCACUAUACGUAAUGUUUUACAAUAGAGUUUCAGAAAAAUAAAGUUUGUGAGAUUCAUUAUCCUGUGGAGGCCAGAUUUGACUUUCAGUUCCCAUUAGGAAAAUGUCAAAAGAAAAUGCACAGUAUCAGAAAAAUGUACAGUAAAUGUGUAUUUCACGCUGCACAAGUAAUAUUUCAAGCUGCAUAAGUGAGACCUUCUUGGUGCAGCAUGUGGAAGCAUACAACAGUUAAGAUAUGGGAUUAUAGCUGCUUUAUAACCCUUUAAACUGGCAAAUGACCUUUAAAACAAUGAAUUAUACUUGACAUAUAAUAGCUGUAACCAAGGGAAAACGAGUGUACCGUGACAGCCGCCUCCCUCUCUAGUAUACAGUAUAAGCCUACACUUAGUCUGGGAACAUCCAUGUCUCCUUGUACACUUGAUGUGCUGUCUUCUUACUGCUUCAGUACAAUGUCUGCAAUUGAAACCCAGUAAACCAGCAAAUGCUGACAUGUAGCACAGUGUAGGAGAUUACAAUAGCUGUUAUUUAUCAUUGUGUCUGGGAUUACAACAGCUGUUAUUUAUCAUAGUGCAGGGGAUUAUAAUAGCUGUUACUUAUCAUAGUGCAUGGGAUUACAAUAGCUGUCAUUUAUCAUAGUGUCUGGGAUUACAGCAGGUGUUUUUUAUCGUGGUGCAUGGGAUUACAAUCGCAGUUAUUUAUCGUAGUGCAUGGGAUUACAGCAGCUGUUUUUUAUCAUAGUGCAUGGGAUUACAGCAGCUGUUUUUUAUCAUAGUGCAUGGGAUUACAGCAGCUGUUUUUUAUCAUAGUGCAUGGGAUUACAGCAGCUGUUUUUUAUCAUAGUGCACGGGAUUACAAUAGCUGUUACUUAAUAGAGCGAGUGUAAAAAAAAAUAGGCUGAACAAACUGACAGGCAGUGCUCAGUCUUUUAUAUGGAAUAGUAAUCUGGGAGACAGUCAGCAUGGUUUUAGGAAAGGGAGAUCGUGUCUAACUAACCUGCUUGACUUUUUUGAGGAUGC